AUGACUGCCAUUGGUGGAGAACUGAGAGGCAGGAGAGCAGUUUCGGAUAAUCGCACCAGUAGGGACACAAACGCCUCCGGACGGCAGGAUCCCCUGCAGGCUAAGGUGCGAGCUUAUUUGACCGGAAUGAAACAACUGCUAGCGGAGCUGCAUUCAGCGGGUGUGGAGGAGGAAGAAGGAUUGCGAAGACCAGCCUAUCGGCAUUUUGAAGAAUUCUGGGCACCCAGAAAGCUUGGUCAGCAAGACUGGAACCGCCAGCUUCGUAUCUACCACGAUCGCGGCGAUACACUCUAUUCCCCACCCCCGGAAAGAGAACUGGCAAAUUGA